AUGUUAUGUGUAAAAUAUUUUUUGUUAUGUGUCACAAGUUUUUUAUUUUUUUUUAAACCUACAACUGUCUAUGGAUUAAUAGAACCAAUCACUGGCGGUAUUGCUGCAGGAGCUUUUAUGAUAGGAUACUUAGCAAAUAAAUGGCCUUUUUUUGUUAAUGAUUGUCCUAAAAAAUUUGAAAUAAAAGAUUUAGAGCAGGACAUGAAAAAUAGUUUUUUUGGGCAACAUAUUGCAUCAAAAAUUGUAAUAUCUGCUUUGGCAGGUAAUUUGCAUCGUAGCAAAAAAAAUAAGAAACCAAUAGUAAUGUGUUUUCAAGGCUCCAGUGGUACUGGUAAAAAUUUUUUAUCAGAUUUAAUUGCUAGUCAUAUGUUCAAUUCAACAGAAUCAAGAAAAAAACGAUAUCAUGUUAUUAAUGGACAAACUGCAUUUCCUUUGCAAUCAGAAAUAGACAAUUAUAAGGAAAAACUUUAUUCUGAUGUGACAUCAGCUAUACAAUCAUGUGAUACAAAUUUAUUUGUUUUUGAUGAAAUACAUUAUAUUCCUAUGGGUAUAUUAGACAUACUAGGACCUAUUCUUGAGAACAAUGAUGUGUCCCUUGAUUCUAGGUAUUCAAUUUUCAUAUUUUUAACUAAUACAGGAUAUAAUCCAAUUUUACAAAAGUAUUUAGAACUUUGGGAUAACGGAUUUUCUAGAGAGAAAAUGACUGUUGCAGAUUUUGAUACCAUUUUAACAAAAUCUGCUUUUAAUGAAAAAGGUGGGUUAAUGAAAAGUUCAAUAAUAGAUUCCCAUAUUAUUGAUUUUUAUGUUCCAUUUUUACCACUCGAAAAAGUUCAUGUGUUACAAUGUAUUGAGGCAGAGUUGAAAAAUCUAAAUAGUUCUUUGGAUUCUGAGGCAAAAAGUGACAUAUUGCGUAUAGUUCCAUUUGGUCCUGAGCCUAAAAAGUUAUUUGCUACUUCUGGUUGCAAAAGGCUUAAUCAAUGGAUUACAUCUAAAUUAUAUGCUAAUUAA